AUUUGUUUCUGCCAACUACACCCGGCAUAUUUUGUGGAAAAGUUUUGUAAAAUCUCUCUACGUGAACUCACCGGCUGGCAAUACUGUUGCCUUUGUGUAAUACAGUGAAGUUGGAAGAGCCUGCUGCCGUUAACUGCAAAAGAAUCUCAAGUGCCAUAGAAUUCGGCAAAUAGGUAUACAUCGUUCCGAGGUAGCAACUCCAUCGCUUAGUCGCUUCCAACGCAAGUAAACUCAACAACAGAAAUGGCAGAAAAAUCCGAUACUCUCGUAACCCCGGAGGAUAAGGUGAACGAAGCGAAGGAACUGUUUGGCCGCGGUAGCCGUAACUACUGCAUGCGACAGUACCCAGAGGCAGCCGACGAUUUAAGUGCCUGCUGCGCGCUGUACUCAGAGAUUUAUGGUUCGCUGGGUGAAGAAUGCGGUCAGCCCUAUCUGCUGUAUGCCAAAUCGUUGAUCGCCGUUGGCAAGGACGAGAACAAUCUGAUCGUACCGGGCGAGGACGAUGACGAAGCAGAUGAAGAUGACGAGGAGGGCGAAGGUGAGGAAGAUGGCGAGGGUGAGGAAGGACCGGAAGAUGAAGGUGGUGAUGAGGAGAAAAGCAAACAGGAACAGGAAAAUGGAAAGGAUGGCGACGACGACGACGUUACGAUGAAGGAGUCCAAGGAUAGCACUGCUGCGGAACCGGAAGCUAAAAAGAAUGGUACAGAACCAGAAAAGACGGAAGGUGGUAGUAGUGAAGCUGGCAAAGGGGAAAGUGGCGGCGAUGAUGGGGAACCACAACCGGGCCCAUCCACUUCCAACGGCGCUGCUAAGGAGGAGGAAACAGCCGAAGAUUCGGCUGGUAAUUUGCAGGUGGCAUGGGAGAUGUUGGAAUUGGCGGUGAAAAUUUUCGAGAAACAGGGUGAAAAAGGUUUCGAAAAUCUGUCCGAAUGUUACUCGGAAUUGGCCGGAAUUUCGUUCGAAAACAGUUUCUUCCAGGAGGCCAUCAAUGAUUACACAAAAGCACUGAACGUACAUACGAAGACGAACAAAAUCGAUCUGCGCUUUUUGGCCGAGAUUAAAUACAAGAUGGGUCUGUGUCAUUUGAUGCUGAACGAUUUUGAUGUGUCAAUCAAAUCGUUCCAAGCAGCUGUCGCCGAGUUGGAGAAGGUAAUUUCAGAAAAAGAGGCCAUUCAGGAACAAACAGACGACACGAAGGAAGCAAUUGCGGAGCUGGUUGAAACUAAGAAUGAAAUCAUAGACAAGAUUGUCGAUGUUGAGGAAGCCAAGAAAACGUCAAUCGAAGAGGUAAAGCGUGAGUUGUCCAAAAUAAUCGUAUCUGGAGAAGCCGGAUCGAGUAGCACCACCGAUGGAGCUGGCCCUUCGUCAUCUAGCAGUGCCUCCGCUACUGCCAAUGGUUCUUCCGCUUCCAAGUCUGACGCGGCGGCAGCAGCCGCUGAUGCUAAACCGGCAACCGAUAUUUCACAUCUCAUCAAGCGGAAAAAGCCCGACACCGUGGGUGCAGAAGUGGAAGGAUCGCCGGCAAAGAAAAUUGCAACCGAAACCGAAGUGUCCGAGCAAAAUCGAAGUUCUUAAGCGAUGUUUCUGUUAUAUGUAAUUUUUUCCGAGAAUUUUCCUUUUUCCCGUCUACAGUCCUGAGAAGUUUCCAUUUUUUUACGUUUUUACCUGUUUUCAAUUGUACGAUUGGACCUUAAUUUCAUUGCCAGACCAUCGCUACAUAAAUAAUAGGCGGCAAGAAUAUGAUUGAACUUAUGUUUUUGGAUUCUAUUGUCUUGCCUGCCGCCAGAUGUAUGUAUUAAGCGUGCCUAUGGAUGGCCCUUUUCCUUUAUUAUUUCCGGCAUUCCAAUUAAUCUCCGUGCCCGCCUGCGGUGGUACCGGUUAGGGCUGAACUCACGAUUCGUAAAUAAAACUGAAUUACAUUCGUA